AAGUGGUCUCAUUGAUACAUCUUUUAUGCGUUCAAUAGCUUCUUAGACUACUUUGUUGGUGUAGAACUGCAAAGGGCUUCAAUUUUCAAUUUCGAAAAUAAUGAUUACGUUGGCAAUUUUGUGACGCUAAACAAAUUCUUGAAACCAAUAUUUCCCCAUCUUCUUAUUUAUAUUUAAAUGAAACUAAAUGGUCUCAUUCAAUGUGAGAGGAUGCCGGCCUGGGAAGUCUGUGCAGAUGACAGAGGCUGAAGUUAGGGGCUUGUGUUUAAAAUCCAGAGAGAUUUUCCUUCAACAGCCAAUACUCCUUGAGCUAGAAGCACCCCUGAAAAUUUGUGGUGAUAUUCAUGGCCAGUAUACAGAUUUGCUAAGAUUGUUUGAGUAUGGAGGUUUCCCCCCUGAAGCAAAUUAUUUAUUUCUUGGCGAUUACGUGGAUCGCGGAAAACAGUCCUUGGAAACCAUUUGCCUUCUACUUGCUUAUAAAAUCAAGUACCCUGAAAAUUUCUUCUUAUUAAGAGGAAAUCACGAAUGUGCAUCCAUCAACAGAAUUUAUGGCUUUUAUGAUGAAUGCAAACGGCGGUACAACAUUAAACUGUGGAAGACUUUCACCGAUUGUUUUAAUUGUCUUCCUAUCGCCGCCAUAAUUGACGAGAAAAUAUUUUGUUGUCACGGCGGCUUAAGUCCCGACCUACAAAACAUGGACCAAAUCAAACGUAUUAUGAGGCCGACUGAUGUACCUGACACUGGCCUUCUUUGUGACCUGCUGUGGUCCGACCCUGAUAAAGACGUGCAAGGAUGGUCUGAAAAUGACCGCGGCGUUUCCUUCACUUUCGGAGCUGAUGUUGUCAGCAAAUUUUUGAAUCGCCAUGACCUUGACUUGAUUUGCAGAGCUCAUCAGGUCGUAGAAGAUGGUUACGAAUUUUUUGCCAAACGUCAACUGGUUACUCUCUUUUCUGCGCCAAAUUACUGUGGGGAGUUUGACAACGCGGGCGGCAUGAUGAGCGUUGAUGAAACACUUAUGUGCUCUUUUCAGAUUUUGAAACCCUCGGAGAAGAAAGCAAAAUACCAGUACUCUGGUAUCAACGCCACGAAGCCGAACGCAGCUGCCAACAAACCAGUGCCCAAGAAGAAGUAAUAGUUAGUAAGAGUUAUUGUAAGCUUAAUCCUAUUGAAUUAUUUGAUCGACUUAACCUUUCAACCGGAAUGUGGUGGGAGCCAUCAAUGCCCAAUAUCCCCUUUUUAACAAAUUCUUACAACUACUAUUUCUGUUGCCCUCGUCACACAAUUUGGAGGACAACGUUACUCCUUCGCAUGCUUCGUCAGCGUCUUCAUUUUUUUCCUCGUUACUUACCACAUCUCUUUCUCCCUUCAUUUAGUGUAUAUCCUCUGUAAAUCAAACAAAUAAACCAACAUGAUAUCAGCAAA